AUGCCAAUAAAAGAUGAUGGACGACCUUUAUUAUAUGAUAGGCUGAUUUCAACGAAAUUUUUACCUGUUAACGAUAUUCCUAAUACAGCUCGUGCUGAACCAUAUGCCUUUGGUAAAAUACCUGCCCGAGGUGUUAGUUAUUGUUUAUUGAUAUGGCGGCGGUCACCGGAGGUAAAUAAUUGGAAAGAUGUAAAGUCUACCUCAAUGAUAAUGAUUACGGAAUUCGAAGGUUCCGAUGAUCCAAAUAUAAAUGAACAUACUGUUACGAAAAUCAAAUGUCGCAUAUCAUCGUCAGCAGUCUGUGACAGUGCGAAACCACCCGAGGAAUGUGUCACUCUUAAAAGUUCUCUUAACUCGGUAUUGCCACGGAGUACAAGUCCAGAAUCGAGAGUAAUUGCUCCGAUUACAGGAUUACAACAUUUAUCAAACACAUCUCAAAUAACAUCGAAGAGUGUUAUGACUGUAAACAAACGUCCAUCAUCAACUAGUGCUUCCAAGAACUUGGCUGAAUUUUAUAUGGAAGCUAAGGGUACAAUUAUCAUUGCAUUAAUCAUUGCAAUCCUUAUUUUAUGCACUCAAGUAUUUCUGGGAACGAAAUCUAGGGCUGAAUAG